CACUACUCCUUCAUAUAUAAAUACUAAACCCCUUCAACCCUAAAUGACAUCACAAACCACACCAAACCCUUUAUUUCUUUUCUCUCACACAUCUCAUUACACUAACAACUUCCCCACCUAAUAUAAGUAACCUUACACAUAGACAUAGUGCCUCAUAGAGAUGGAUCGUGUAGCGAAAUUGGCCUCACAAAAGGCAGUGGUGAUCUUCAGCAAGAGCUCGUGUGGGAUGUGCCACGCGAUUAAGAGACUAUUUUAUGAGCUUGGGGUGGGUCCCGCAAUAUACGAGGUGGACGAAGAGUCACGGGGGAAGGAAAUAGAGUGGUGCUUGAUGAGGUUAGGGUGCAACCCCUCUGUGCCAGCAGUGUUCAUUGGUGGCAAGUUUGUUGGUUCAGCCAACACUGUGAUGACCCUUCACCUCAAUGGCUCGCUAAAGAAAAUGCUAAGAGAUGCUGGAGCACUCUGGCUUUAGAACAACACGUCAUUAACCUACGUCACCUCACAUCAUAUGCUCCCGCAAACAGCGACAAAUACCUAAACCAUGCGAUUAAGAUUACUUUAGUUCUAUAAUUAUAUAAUACCAUAUCCUGCUACUUUUUGGAGGGAGGCAAAAGAUAUUAGCACUUCCUUUUUUUUAUCAUCUUUUCUUUACACAACCUUCUUUGAGGAAAACCAAAAGGUGUUAACUAAAGAUAGUGUAAAUAUAUAUAUAUAUAUAUAUAUAUAUAUAAGACAUAAAAAUAUCUUCUUCUUCUUUUUUUAUGCAAUAUAUGGUGCUUUUGGAA